UUUCAAAAGGCCGUUGAUCCUCCGGCGAAAUAUAUACACACCCUCUCUCCUCCACCGUCGCCGAUCCCGGAUGCAUACACAGAUAUAGAGAGAUAUAGUGAGAGAUAGAGAGUGCGGAUUUGUAGAGAGGACGAACAAUCUGGAGAUUCGUAUAUAUACAUAACAUAACACAUCAUAACAUUAAAAGAAAAGAAAAGAAAAAAAGAUAUCGAGAAGGAAAUGGAGGAGGAAAGGAAGGCAGUGACGGAGACUGCGUAUUCGGAGGAUGAGGAGGAGGAGGAGGAAGAGGAGGAAGAAUUGGAGGAGCAGCUGGGCUCCAGCUUGACUCUCGAACGAGUCGCCGCUGCGAAGAAAUACAUUGAGAGCCACUACAAGACUCACAUGAAACAGUACAAGGAACGCAUAGAAAGGCGCUCACUUCUAGAGCAGAAGUUGGCAAGCUUAGGUUUGCCAGAGGAGGAGCAAAAGGUUCUUCUCAAGGACUUGGAACGUAAAGAGACAGAAUAUAUACGACUCAAAAGGCAUAAGAUUUCAGUUGAUGAUUUUGAGCUAUUAGCCAUCAUUGGAAGAGGAGCAUUUGGAGAGGUUAGAUUGUGUCGGGAGAAAAUAUCAGGAAACAUAUACGCAAUGAAAAAGUUGAAGAAGGCUGAAAUGCUUAGCAGAGGACAGGUUGAACAUGUUAGAUCAGAAAGGAACUUGCUUGCAGAAGUUGCCAGCCACUUCAUUGUAAAACUAUAUUUUUCUUUUCAAGAUGCUGAAUACCUGUAUCUUGUAAUGGAGUAUCUGCCUGGUGGUGACAUAAUGACUUUGCUGAUGAGGGAGGAGACAUUAACUGAAACCGUUGCAAGAUUUUACAUUGCUGAAAGUGUUUUGGCCAUAGAGUCUAUCCAUCGACAUAACUACAUUCACAGGGAUAUUAAACCUGACAAUCUUCUUCUGGACAAAAAUGGUCAUAUGAAACUCUCUGAUUUUGGUCUUUGCAAACCUCUUGACUGUUCAAAUCUAUCUCCUAUAAAUGAAAAUGAAAUAAUGAAUGAUGGAAAUUUGAGGGGAUCAGCUAAUGCCAAUGGAAACUGCUGGAACAGCUCCAAUGAACAAAUGCAGCAUUGGCAAUUAAACAGAAGGAAAUUGGCAUUUUCAACUGUGGGCACACCUGAUUAUAUUGCUCCUGAAGUUUUACUAAAAAGAGGCUAUGGUUUGGAAUGUGAUUGGUGGUCUCUUGGUGCUAUUAUGUAUGAGAUGCUAGUAGGUUAUCCACCAUUCUACUCUGAUGAUCCAAUAACAACAUGCAAAAAGAUUGUGCAUUGGAAGAAUCAUUUGAGAUUUCCAAGUGAAGCAAGGUUGAGCCUUGAAGCUAAGAACCUAAUUUGUAGGUUGCUUUGUGAUGCUCAAAAUCGGCUAGGUUCUCAGGGAGCUGAGCAAAUAAAGGUUCACCCCUGGUUUAAAGGUAUCGAUUGGGACAAACUUUAUGAAAUGACUGCAGCAUACAAGCCAGAGGUCAAUGAUGAACUUGAUACUCAAAACUUUAUCAAAUUUGAUGAGGUGGAUCCCCCACCUGCCAAAACUAACUCUGGAAACAUAAGGAAGAUGUUUUUAAGCCCUGAAAGUUUAAAUUUUGUCGGCUAUACCUAUAAGAAUUUUGAGGCUGUCAAAGGGCCGCGGCGUUCUAAGGAAAAAAGAGGCACUUCUCCUGACCGCCUGUCCACUGAUUCAACCCACAGUGAAUCUGCCGUGAUAUUCUCUUCCAAGGCAGAUGGUGCUGAAAUGCUCACACGCACCGCAUCUGUGGAUACCAUGACAUAGUGACGGUCAGUCUGAACCGUGCUGCAUCUCUGUGCAACAGUCGUGCAGUCAUAACAUGCCCUUUCCCAACCACGCGAAUGGGCUGCUUGGAAGAACACCGUAACCUGUACAGUAAUAAUAGAGAAUGCACAGGUAGAUUUUUGGUGGUUUGUGAUUUUGCUGGUGUAGUGGGAGCUGUAUGUAUAGUUUUAUGUACAGAUUUUGCAUCUUUUUCUUUUUAAUAACUCGACUCUGGGUUGACAGAGCUAGGCAUGCCUUCAAUUGUGGCAGUCUCUAUGCUCUCUAGAGUCUAGCCUUAUUGCCCUUAACCCCCUUUUGCAUCUUAAUCAUUUGCAUCAGGUUUAUAUAUGGGGCUCAGCUGUAUUACAGCAACAUUUGAAAGAAGUCCGUUUCUCCUGUUUUAGUAAAUCCUUGAUUACAGGUUUGUAGAGUUCACA